CUGCUGGCUAGUUUAAAAGAAUUAAUGCGGAACUAGUAGAACUUCACUAGACUAAUUGCAGAGAAGUGUAUGGUACGGUUCAGUUCUGUGGCUUAAUCCAGUUAUAUAACUGUUUCCCGAGGAAUCUAUCAUCCAUAUAGGGAGUGGCAUUUUCUAAAGCUGUGAUGCAACACUCAAUUGUUGAAUAUCUUUCGGAACAUGAAGGCUACCGAUGUGGAUAUUGCGGAUCGCCCGACUCCAACUUUUCGCAUGGAAUGUGGGCUCACAACCUAACGUGUCAAGACUACCAGGAUCUUAUUGAUCGAGGGUGGAGAAGGAGUGGUAAAUAUGUCUACAAGCCUACUAUGGAUAAGAUGUGCUGCCCACAGUACACUAUCAGAUGCCAUGCACCAUCGUUGAAGUUGAAGAAAUCCCAGAAAAAAGUACUGAAAAGGGCGACCAAAUUCUUCACCACCGGAGAAUUGCCAGGAGGGGAGGGAGGGGUACAGCACGACGGGGAAGACGCCCCUGGAGGGGUGCAUCCAAUGCCCCCUUCACAUCAGGAGCUUCCGCAGAUGCCAAUGGAGGAUAUAUCAAAGAUACAAGGAGGAGUUCAAGAGUCAGAGGGUGAGGCCAGAGUAGCGAAAGGUCAGUCAGAUGUCAAAGGUCAGUUAGAUGUCAGUGUUCCAUCGGAGCAUGGAGGAACAGAAGGAGAAAGAGCAAGGACGAGUGACGAAAGUCCGGCAACUGUCUCUAUAGAGAAACAGAAAAGGAUACCUAAACCAGGCUUAGGUGCAGACCCAACCAAACCACCGUGCAAGAAAUCAAAACUAUUACGGCUAGAAAAGCGCCAAGAGAGGCUGAAGCAGAAGGCUAAUACAGAGAGUUCUGAAACCAACAUUAGACCAAGUAAUUCAUCUAAGACUGAGAAUUUACCAAAAUCACUGGAGGAGUUGAUAGUAGAUGCUAUACCUGGUCAGGAUCCUAAACAUCGGUUAGAGAUCAAACUGGUUCGAUCUAAUCCAAUGUCGGAUGAUUUUAAGCGAACACUUGAAGAAAGUCAUCGGGUCUACACAAAAUAUCAGAUGUGCAUCCACAAUGAUGCAGAGACCAAGUGCAAUCUCAGACAGUACAAGCGUUUCUUGGUAGAUUCACCCCUUGUUGAACAGUACUCGGAUGACGGUCCUGAAUGCGGCUAUGGAUCCUUCCAUCAACAUUACGUCCUUGAUGGUAAAAUCAUUGCCGUCGGUGUCAUUGAUAUACUACCGACGUGCGUAUCAUCGGUCUACUUCUACUACGAUCCUGAGUACAGACACCUCACAUUGGGUACCUUCUCAGCACUAAGGGAACUAGCUUUCACAAGAUUACUGAACGUGACUGCUCCAUCAUUAGAGUACUACUAUAUGGGCUUCUAUGUGCAUUCAUGUAGGAAAAUGAGGUACAAGGGUCAGUUUUACCCUUCUUAUUUACUAUGUCCCGAGGCUUACAUCUUUCAACCCAUAGAGGAUUGUUUACCAAGGCUGGAUGUGAACAAGUACUCGCGCUUUGCAUCGGAAGAUGAAUCUGAUGCGGCAGUUAGCCUUGAAGAGGUAUUGGUACUCCACAAACACAUCGCCAUGCCGUACCCGGUCUACAAGCAAUACCGCCCUCAAGCAGCAGACGAAGAAGAAGUCAAGGAAUAUGCUCAGAUGGCCGGCAAGAAGUGUGUAGGACAGAUGCUGCUGUACAGAAACUGAACCAGUACAUUUCACUUAUGCAGUGUCUGUAUGGUAACAACAUUUGUGAUAUCUAUUCUACCUAAACUGUCCCUGAUACUUGACACGUUUGAAAGCUUUUAAUUGAAAUAAGGUUUAACACCAAGUCCACCCUACUUAUAGAUGUCUGACCAACAACAGACAAAUUGAAGAAACAUUUAAAACACUUAAAAACUUGUCAAAAUCAGAUGUAAAAAUGCAGGGAGGCCACUAAAUUCAGACUUCUUAUGCAUAUUUUCAGCCAUUGAAACAACAUUUUUUGUGUGUGUACAAAGUGACUUGAUCUAGAUGAUUCUCAAAGUUUCUUACCAAUUCUAUGUGGCGUCCCUGAAAUAAGAAGGUUAGAACACAAUCGUUUUACUACUUUUUCACUUGGGGAAUGGCACAACUUUCUUAUUUCACAUCCAAAUUUGAUGAAAUUUUCAGUGUUGUACUUGCUUGAAUUUUUUCUAAUUCUUCAAUUCCAAUAUAUAUUUAGGUGGAUUUGGCCUUUAACAAAUGAGUGAGUGAGGAGUGCCAUUUCUCAGUACCUAUCAUGACAUUUACAGAAAGUAUUUUGAAUUUAAAGUAGGUAUAUUUAAUAUCUGGAAAUAAAAAAAGAUGGGAAAGUAAUUUUUCAGUGGUUUUAGUUGCUACUAAAGCCUAGUAUACGCACACACAAAAAACAAUCCUCUCAUAGGAAAGACUUGGUUAUAAGGAAUACUGUCCAAUCAAGGAAUGCGAGCACAUUGACUUAGUUUUAAACCAAGGCACUAUUACAUGACCUUAAGCAUGACUAUGAAAUCUGCGGAUAUUGUAAGUCAAGCCAUCCAUUCUAAAAUGGAAAGUAUGAAAUAUAUUUGUCAUUGCCAUGGAAUAACUAACAAAAAUAUGUACCAAAAACAUAGAUCGAUUAGGCAAAAGUGAAACAAAAGGAACACAAGGGUAACACACUCUUGAUAAUGAGUGCUGUCGGAUGGUUCGCAUCCAGAAAUCGGGGAUGUCGAUCCCGCUGUCUCUGUUGAAGUUGUUAGGACAAAGACGUAUACUAAUGGCCUCCUUAAUCCUGCGUGUAUACCAUUGUCUCUCUUUGGCAACGCAAUGUACACCCAAUCUGGGUGGUGUUGCUUCUCCCAAGCAUGUUCUGCCACCGCGGAUGUGUCGGUUCGCUGUAACCGAACAUCGCGCUUGUGUUCAGAAAUGCGUUAAGAGUUCAUUUAGAUUGGAUGUUGCUUUGUGUAUCUUCUCCUUUUGUUUUCCUACUAGUGCCGCUAUGUGGGUUUACACCUAAGGUUGAAUUAUCUUGGAUGUGCUCAAUAUACAGUCUCUGCUGCUCCUCCCGACCCUCAAUAAGUUCAGUAAGAUUGUUCACCGUGCUCUGCAUUCGCUAAAUAUCACUUUUCAGCGAAGACAUUUCCCCCGAAAGUUUUGACUCCAUUUUUCAAUCCUCUUGAUUAGCUUGUUUGGUGGCACAUCCUCUGAUUCAUUUUUCUUUCUCUGACGCUUUUGUGGUUUUCUGCCGUCCGGUAGGGGUAUCGGUUGGAAACACGUUGGCAUAUGGUUUUGUUCCCCCCAUCUCCGUCCGAGUGUCUUGACUUAAUAACUGGUCUGCCACGUCACCAGCAUUCGAUAUGGGCGAAUAAUUUUCAUCUAGGAGAGGUAUGUCCUGCCCCUGGGGCCCAACUUGGUGCACAAUUUGAAGUUCAUCUCCAAAGCAAUUGAAGUUGGUCGCGAUCGCCAUGAUAAUGAUACAAGUAUAGAGCUUGAGGAAGUCCAGAAAAAUAAGAAAGUUACAGCACAAAUGGUAAGGACGAUGAAACCACAAUGUCACAGUUUCAAAAGAGGAUCUUGCGAAAAUUUCUCGCUGAGCAGGUACUGAACGCCUUCUUCUCUUAGCAGCUCCUGACCCAGUGCAGUGAAGGAAUUAACUAAUCAAAAGACAAAAAAGAAGCAUCCGUAACAAAUAUAAACAGAGCUUCUAAAUUUUCUGUAAGACAUGCAAGGCAAGUUAGCUUUUUUUUUAAUAAAUUGGGUAGAGGAGGGAGUAGGAGGUUAGAAAGGUGGCCUCCUUAAGGAUGUUGAGCAAAAUUAAGCAUUUCUUUAUCAUUCCCAGAAGGGGGGAUAUUCUCCUCCAUUAGGUUGUUCAAAAAUCAAGAUUAGAACUACCCCCGUCCCUCCCCCCAGUAGUACCCUGCCUGUGCUGUAUUGUAAGCCCUAUGCUGUAUCAAGGACUGAAAUUGUUUUCUUAUUUAUUUCAAACAUUCAUACAAACAUGAAAAUGAGUAAAGACAUAUAUAUAUAUAUCAAAGAUUGAUUCAACAUGAAUGACACUGUCAAAUAAUCCACUCAUAUCAAUACUUCAGCCUUCGUUUCACCCUUAACGUCACAGAAGUGAUGUUUUAAAUACAAGAUCAAUAGUUCAUAAUUUUUACAGAUACUAAUUACUAUAAGCACUAUCAAAUGCAUUCCAGGUUUCAUAAAAAAGUAGCUUUUCUGCAUGACAUUGUAAGAAAAAAACAGCACAUCACUUCAAGGAGUGUGCUGGUAACUCCUUGAUCACUGCUUAUAAUGUACAUCAUUACAAUUAAUAUUGUCUAUAGUGUUCAAUACCUGUCAUUCUUAGCCCAUCCAAGGUAGCCUUACUGAGGCAGAGCUUGCCUCUGUCACCUCUACUCAGACCAGGUACUACAUUGCCUUCAGACUCCCAUUCAUCCAAGAAUGAUAAGAAAUCUUCCUUGAGAAACUGAAAUAAUAUAAAGGUUUGAAAACAUAUAUCAAAUAACAGACCACUUUGAUUUUAUUUAAUCAAUUAUUAAAAAAUUAAAUGUGGAUUAUUCAAAGUAUUUCUUUUCAAAGUAAGAUGUACAUCAAUAAAAUAAUAAUAAAAAACUGUUAUCGAACAUAUUUAAUUCAAGAAAAUAUGAGCCUAUUUUCAUUUAUUGCAAAAAAUAAAUUUCAGAUCUUUUCAAGCAAGAUUAACAAAUAUAUGAAAGUAUUUCAUUAACAUCCCAACUUAGAACUUAUAAAUGUCAAAAUGGGUUUGAAGGGGUGUUACAAUUGAGAGAAGGGAAAUCAGCAAUAAGCUCCUCACCACAAAUCUCCAGUCAUCAACAGAUGUGUACGCCUCCAAAACAAUGUUUCUCUUCUUCCUCCCUACAAAGAGACUGGAGACAUUUAGACAGUCUAAGAAGGUGUCUACCAUCCUCACAAAGUACCAAGUGCUUUCAGUUUCUUCAAGUCCUUGUAGUUCGAGAGCAUUUGCCAUGGUACUGCUUAAAACCUGUAAACAAAAUGGGGCCAAAGGAUACAUGUGGUUAAUUCAUGGAGAAUAAUUUAUGAAUUCAAGGUCUUACUAUUUCUCUGUCUCUCUCCAUCAUCAUAAGCUGAUUUCCCCCUCUGCCAUCUUUUUUUAACACUUCAAAUUUUGGUGCAGUCAAUUAAAAAACUCUCACUGUAAUUCUCUUCAGAUUUCAACAUUCUUCAUAUUGAAAGCUAACAAAACAAUGUUAGAGAAGAAUUAUUUAGAAACAAAUUAUUACUAAGUACGAAGGACAAAAUAAUAUUUGUAUUGUUUUGGAAUAUUAGCAAACUAACCUGGGAUGCUAGAGACACACGCAUUCUUGAUGUGGGAGUAAGGUGGAGAUGAUCGUUUGAUAUCUUGUACGAUUUGUGGAGUCCAGAGCCUGUCAUGCGGUCCCAUUCUACCACAUUUAGGAAGUGGCGCCAGGAUAUCUGCUUGCCCCGGAACUAAAGAGAGAAGAGUGAUUAUAUUUGAAGAAAAAAAAAUGACUUCAAGAUGACAAAAGUACUUUAAAAAAAAACUUUUAUAAUAACAUACGCAUACAGUUAUUCCAUGAAAGUUUCAAUCAACAUCUACAGACAAAUCUAGAUUAGUAAUUAUGUUUUACUUUAUUCAAGGAGUUACCAGUUUUGUGACUCAAAAUAUCAUCUAAAACGUAAAACUUACAUACAUAAACUAAGUUCCUAAAACAAUAAAAUGAUAACCUGACAAACUGAAAAGAACAUAUUUACAUUUUUGGGAGACCACAACAACUGUAAAACAAUUAUAAAGAUGUAAAUACAAUCAUGAACAGGCACAUGUUACAAACUAUGAUAAGUGUAUCUCUCUGCUACUGAAGGUG